GUCAGAAGGACGCGUGCUGACGUCACGGCCGUAGCAGCAGGAAGUGUUUGAAACUGAGCCGUUUUUGUAGAGAAGAUAUGACCUGCACACUUGAGAAAGUGUUGGCCGAUGCCAAAUCUCUUGUGGAGCGACUCAGAGAUCAUGACAGUGCGGCAGAGAUCCUGAUAGAGCAAACCACACUGCUCAACAAGAGGGUAGAUGCCAUGAAACAGUAUCAGGAAGAGAUUGAGGUGCUGAACCAGGUGGCUAGACACAGGCCACGCUCCACACUGGUCAUGGGCAUCCAGCAGGAGAACCGGCAGAUACGGGAACUGCAACAGGAAAACACAGAGCUGCGCUCAUCACUGGAGGAGCAUCAAUCUGCGAUGGAACUGAUCAUGAGCAAGUACAGGGAGCAGGUGUUUCGCCUUCUGAUGGCCAGCAAGAGAGAAGAUCCAACUAUAGUGACCCAGCUGAGAGAGCAACACACUAACGAGAUGCAAGCACACAUUGAAAAGAUAAAUGAAAUGGCCACGGUGAUGAGGAAAGCCAUCGAGGUGGAUGAAGGGAGGUUGUGUGAGGAUGAGGAGAGGAUCAAACGUCUGGAGUUGGAAAACAACGGCCUGCGAGAGCUGUUGGGCAUCAGCCGUGAGGCGUUCCUCAUUCUGAAGAGGGAUGACACAUCGGACAGCACGUCUCUUUCUCCACUGCUCACCAGCACAGACGUCAGUCUGAGGAAGAGCUAAAUACUGUCAGAAACUCAGCUGUGCUGUCAAAUAAACCCCACAGUCCUCUAUCACAGGAGCAUGACAUCAAACACACUCACUGCCAUUACAGCAUGACCUGAGAUUGACAGCUGUCAGAGGGAAUCUGCAGGACGGGCAUCCCUCAGUGCUUGUGUGAUGAGGAGCAUUUCCAUCUGAACACAGAAUUACUUUUCCAUCAUCAGUCAAAUGACCAAAUUAAGCAGAAUGAAAAUCAAGCUAUUUGAUUGGCGGAAUGUGAAUUGUUAUUUUAUCUGAACAUUGGACGUUGUAAGUGAUUGUCACAAUGUGCCAUUUUAACGAAAAGGUUUUCUUUGCUUGUUGCGUUUGGUGACAGUAUUUUAUGUUAUGAGAGAAAAGUGAUUAAAAAAGGUACAUGAACUGCAGUUGUCAUGUUCCUUUAUGCCAUGACCCAAUCUGAUGUGAAAAUUAGUUUUUAUCAAACAAUAAAUCACAUUUGACCAUCA